UGGACUAAACCUGCUCACCACAAAGCUAUGGUGAAGUACUUCAAGAUUCAACGUGCUCGUGAAGAGAUUGAGCAAUUGAAUGUCGAGAUUUGUUGGUUGCGCACCGCUAUCCACGAUGAAGAACUUAUGGUAAACGCUACCAUCAAUGUUCUUCUCGCAUUGAAUCAACCUGUUGGACUUGAGCUGCAACGCCAAUGGCAAACACGCGCUGCCAUCAACGCAGUGCAUCUUUUUAGACUGGAUCAAAUUGCAUCGCAACCGAACUUUUCC